AUGGCACGGAAGCUUCUGGCAUUCUUGGUCCCGGGCGUGAGCGUGGCCACCUGCCCAGGUCUUCCCUUCACCACCGUUCCGGAGAAUUAUGCCGCAGUGCCCGAGUUGCCGGUCUACGAUGCAGCGCUGAAGGCCUUGGACCUGAAGGCUGUCGUUACCGACCUGCAGAAACUCUUCGUGAAUUCCCAGGAUUGCUGGCCCGCGGACUUGGGAAACUACGGUCCUCUGUUUGUUCGCUUGGCUUGGCAUUGCUCGGGCAGCUGGCGCGAGACUGAUGGGCGUGGGGGGUGUGCCGGUGGCAGGCAGCGAUUCGAACCAGAGCGAAGCUGGGCUGAUAACACGAACUUGGACAAGGCCAGGGCACUGCUGUGGCCGGUCAAGGAGAAGUACGGCGAUGGUCUUAGCUGGGGAGACCUUUUCACCUUGGCCGGCACCACUGCCAUCAAGACCAUGGGCGGGCCCAUUUCGCAGUACUGCGCGGGCCGCAUCGAUUCUCCAGACGGCACAGACAGCCUGGAUCUGGGUCCUAGCCCUGAACAGGAGCGGUAUGCUCCAUGCCCCAUCAACGGCACCUGCGAGCGACCGCUGGGGAGUACCACGGUUGGUUUGAUCUACCUCAAUCCAGAAGGCCCCGUUGCAAAGCAGCCGGAUGGCAGCUGGGCUCCAAACCCGGACCCCAAGGCCUCGGCCCGCGACGUGCGCGAUGCCUUCGGCAGGAUGGGAAUGAACGACACACAGACCGUGGCUCUCAUCGGGGGUGGGCAUGCCUUUGGAAAGAGCCACGGUGCAUGCACCGCGGGACCUGGCCCCGCUCCUCGCGAGGACGUCAACAACCCCUGGCCUGGAAAGUGUGGAACUGGAAAGGGGACGGACACCUUCACCAGUGGCAUGGAGGGCCCCUGGACGACAAAUCCCACAAAAUGGGACAACGAGUACUUCGUCAUGCUACUGAACCGCACAUGGGAGAAGUUCACAGGCCCCGGUGGACAUUGGCAAUGGCGCGUGAAGGGGGCGGCUGCCGAUGAGGCCAAGCUCAUGAGGCUGACGAGUGACAUGGCCCUCAUGAACGACGACAACUACCUCUCUAUUGUCCAGGAGUUUGCCUCGAACCAGGGAGCCCUCGAUGUUGCCUUCGACGAGGCAUGGUUCAAGCUGACGACGAGCGGUGGACGCUGGUCCAUCGAGAAAAAAUGCAUUCCCGGCGACGCGAUUCCGACGGUUCCAUCGCUGCCACCGAAAAUGAGGUCAGAUGACGUUGGCUUCAUCUCCAUCUGA